UUGGAGUGGACAACCAAAACAAGCUUCUCAGCUACCAUGACCGUGGUGAUUGGUUUUGAAGGCAGUGCCAAUAAAAUUGGCAUCGGCAUCAUCAGGGACGGAGAAGUGCUGUCCAACCCAAGACGGACCUUUAUCACGCCUCCUGGACAAGGUUUUAUGCCAAGUGAGACAGCCAGGCACCAUCGGUCAGUUAUUCUGACUGUCCUGAAAGAGGCUUUGGAACAGGCCGGACUCAAACCCACAGACAUCGACUGUGUAGCAUACACAAAAGGUCCCGGUAUGGGCGCUCCUUUAGUGACGGUGGCCAUAGUGGCCCGCACCGUGGCACAGCUCUGGGGGAAACCGCUCCUUGGAGUCAACCACUGUAUCGGACACAUCGAGAUGGGCCGCCUCAUCACCAAGGCAAACAACCCCACCGUGCUCUACGUCAGCGGGGGAAACACACAGGUCAUCGCCUACUCAGAGCGACGGUACAGAAUCUUUGGGGAGACCAUCGACAUUGCUGUCGGCAACUGUCUGGACAGGUUUGCCAGAGUCAUUAAGAUUUCUAAUGACCCCAGUCCGGGUUAUAAUAUAGAGCAGAUGGCCAAAAAAGGGAGUCAAUAUGUGGAGCUGCCGUAUACAGUCAAAGGAAUGGAUGUGUCGUUUUCUGGGAUUCUGUCGUAUAUCGAGUUUGUGCUUAAUGAAGACCGGUUGGGCUUUUGGGAGACAACCGCAUUCUACUGA